UCGGCUCAUUCUGAUGCUAGAAAGCUUAAUUAUGUCGGUCACGAACUCUCCAGGCCGGGGUAUCUCGAUAACAUCGCCUCAUUCCCACCCCCGUUGCUGUCCGCCAUUUUCCUUGCGGUUCCGAUAUUCGGGAUGCCGUCGCAGCCCUUGCUAUCGGGAUGCGGAAAAAACGGAAUGUCUUCACAGUUGUCGGUGGUACGCGCGAUCUGCCUUCUUUUGAGUUUUGUCGAUGGUGAAUCCACUGGGCUGAGCCAAGAACAACGCCCAGGGAUUCAGGUCGACGAUGAGCUGCGCUGCCGUUGCCUGAACCGCGUGGCAGGGCCUAGAACACCUUGGCAGGAGAUGAGACUCCAUCAAGAAGAUGCCCCCCAGCUGGUGGCUUGCGAUCGACGCAGAAAGGUACAUCUACAAAAGGCUCAACAAUGCAAGUUCGAGUCAGGCUUAAAAUAAGCUCCUGGAGGCCGGCGGUCAGCAUGGGUAGCCCGGCU